GAACGCCUGCCAUUCCCCGCAUUUGUUUAAAGCUGCCCUAUGUAGCUAUCCGACAAGCAAGGGCUAAACCAUACGGGAUACUUCAUAAACCGUACAUAGUAUUCCGUACAGUAUAAUGAUUUCGCAAAGGGGGGGAAACCAGACCGCGUAGCCUUUCAAUACGUCAAUCGGCAGAUUGGGAACGGUCAGCCUCGUCACCUGUCAACUUCCAUCAUUCGACAACGACGAAUAAUACUUUUCUUCUUCUUUUCCUUUUUUUGAUCUCAACGGCGUCCAUUUCGAUCCACGUCGUACCCCUCCAUCUAUAUUGUGGAAGAGGGGGUCCUACCUGUCUGAGUUAAUAGGUUCUAUAGAAUUUUAUUUAAUUCACACCUCCUGACGCCACGAUGGACAUCGCAUACGACCACAUAGCCGAAGAAGCCCUUCCAAAAAACAGUAAGGACAAUGAUGCCAGCAGCAGCAGCGAAUCCGCAGAGUCUUCUCGGAAGAAGCCCGAACAUACUCUCAAUGAAGAUCUUCAAGAAGCAUAUCGUGCCUUCUCGAGCAGUUCUUGGGGGACGUGGCUAGGAGGAACUGUCGGUAACGUUAUCAAGCAGGGCGAGUCUGUAUACAGAGAGGCACAGCAAGAGGUCACCUCCCUCGGUGUAGAUGCUACCAGAAGCUUGGCAAAUCUCCGUGCGAGGGCGCUCUCACUAACCACGUCGCCCACCGUUACGGAGAGGGCGCAAUCCUCCGGUGAUAAGGAAAAGGACCCGGAGAAGACCCCGACAACAGAUAAAGCACCAGGUCCCGAUGGUACGGCGAAGGAUUCCGAAACCGUUAUAUCACGUCUGAAGGCUGAGGCCGCGAAACGCUUAAAGGAUAUCCAGCGUGCCGAGGAUGCUGCCGAUGAGGCGUUGCUUAAGUUUGGUGGAAACAUCCGAGACUUCUUCCGCGACGCUAUUAUUGUUAAGCCUGCUUCGGGAUCGGACGAUUCUAAGGGGACAGCCCGCCGUUUCGAGAGUAAGGAUGAAUCCGGAAAGCGAGUGAUUCACACUUCGAGAUACGACGCGCAGCUUCAUGUUCUACACACGACCGAGAAGAGUUUUACAGAAGAUCCUACUGGUGCCGAAUAUGCUGCGUGGUCUAAGAACUUUGAUGUAGAGAGCAAGACGGAGGUUAUCAGUGCUGCCCUAGCUAAGUAUCCGGAACUACGAGCCAACAUGGAAAGGCUUGUUCCUGACAAGGUUCCCUACGCCGACUUCUGGAGGCGAUACUGUUUCCUUCGGCAUAGCAUCGAGACAGCUGAAGCACGUCGCCGAGAUCUAUUGAAGGCCGCUUCUGCCGAAGAAGAAAUUGGAUGGGGCGAGGAAUCUGAUGAGGAAUCAGAAGAAGAGUCGGAAGAGUCUGACGACGAUUCAGCGCCGAUUAAGCCUACAGAAAAGCCUGCAAGACCGGCUUCUGCCGAGUCUUCCACAACGAUUCACCCGCCCCAGGCGGGUGCCACUUCGGAGAAGAAUCGGUUAAAGCCAUCCGAGUCUCGCGCGGCGUCCGGGAACCCGAGCCAGGCCCCCAACAGCCCCAAAGAGGCCCGGAAAGCAGGCGAUAGCGAUGACAGCGAUGACGAGGAAUGGGAGUAACUUUUACAGCUUGAUCCUUGACGUAUUUUCCCCUCUUCCUAUUGUAAUGGGCUGUCCGGAUUUGGUACUCUCAUAGGCGUCCUGGUCUGUUUUUUCAUUGGAUGGCUUCGAACGCAUGAUAUAUU